AUGCCUGAUGACAUAAAUUUUGGACCUUCCGCUUACACAGUCCUGACUCUCUUCUCAGGAACGAACUGGGCCUACCAGCGGAUCCCCCUGCCGUUUGUUCAGGCUUUCCGUAGGGAAUUAUGUAGCAUUGACGUUGCCCAUCUGCAUGGUUAUUUUUUGGUUUUUAGAUACGACGGGCAAUCCCAUUUCAAUGUUGAAGUGUUUGACAAAAGCGGUUGCGAAAAGAAGUAUGAAUGCGCUGAUGAAGGUUUCGAUUCAAGUGAUUCAAGCAAAGAUUCAUUGGAAAUAUUUCCAAGGAAGAUCUCUCUUGAAGUUUCAGAUGGAAGGAGAUGGUCUCUUUCUUUAAUGUUCAAACGAUGUGGAGCGGAAUUAGGGAAGGGAUGGAAGGAUUUCACUCUUGAAAACAACUUAGAAGAAGAUGAUACAUGGGCCUUCGAACUAUUUGAGAGGGAAAAGAAAUUAUUCAAAGUUCACAUCUUCCGAGUCAUCCAACAAGUGGUACCACUAACCAAAGUUCCAAGAAGAAAGCCCACCAAACAAACACCAAGGUAACCCAGGAGGUGUCCCAACUUCCAUCUCCACCCUAAAAUUGGGAUCGUUGGUCUGGUGGGCCACUAGAUGGAUGGAUGUGCCUUAGUUUGAUUGAUUGCAUUGCACAUCGGGAUUCAGCCCACGGAAUCAGCCAUCGUUAAUACCAUACACACUAAUUUCAUGUGUAAAAGAAGCCCACUUUCAGUAGCAUUCCUAAAUCUUCAUAUGACUAUACAACUUAGAUUUUUCCAUUUCUAACUGUUGAUGUUUUGGGGACAUUGCAGACCCAAGUAGUGUGUAUGGCUUGCAGGUAAUCUACAAGUUUUGGAAUUGUACAUGGAUUGUGAUUGUUUUACCUUACAUUGGUGUAGUUCUAUUUGGGUUUUUAACUGAACAGUGAUUUGGUGUUGUUUUGAGCACUCACUUCUACUUGUAAUGCCAUAGCCGAGAUUUUCAAGAUGGUCUUGAUCAUGAACUGCUUCGUUCUCAUACAUCUUAUUCUCUGAGUUGAAGCUUUGCUGGAAGAAUUGGGGUCAUGAAUUUCGCUUAA